AUGGAGGUUCAAGAACAAGAUACUCGGAAGAGGCGACCCGAGUUGUUCUCUCUCGUUUUCGUUUUCAUAUUUUUGUUUGGUCUCGCCGCGUUUUCCCUUUGCCUCGCGUCUGAGUUUCAGAAGGCUAAGGGGAAAGAUCUGAAAUGGGACGGAGAAUCAUGUUAUUUACCCGAAAAUCAUGCUUUCGGGUUAGGAACCGCCGCUCUGGUUUGUGUUUCGGUUGCUCAAAUCAUCGGAAACGUUGUGAUUUGUAGAGGUUUCUUGAAAACAAACAAAACGGGAACGACGCCGUUUUGUGUAUGUCUUCUGUUGUUUUCCUGGAUUAGUUUUGCUGUUGCAGUUACGUUGAUAAGCAUUGGUGCAAGCAUGAACCGAGAGCAGAGAUACGGCAAAGGGUGGCUAAACCGUGAGUGUUACCUUGUGAAGGACGGUGUGUUUGCAGCGUCUGGCGUUUUGUGCGUUACAUCACUGGCCGCGGUUCUUGGAGCGUUUGCGUCCAACGUCAAAUCAUCAUUACAGGUUGAGACUAAAAACAAAAUUCAUACAAACAAUGUGUAG